CAUGGUGACUGUCCAUAUGAUUCUGCGCGUUGGAUACGUAUUCAUCAUUGUGGUGCCGAACAGCUUGAUCAACGCAGAGAACAACAAAACAGCUCUGAUUCUUUGCAAAUUUGAUGAAACGGAGGACCCUGCAUUGAACAGCUCGAUUGAUCGAUUCUUGCAGCAGUUGAAUGAGGCGAAAAAUAUCUUCUCCGUCUGUGGAAUGUUAAACCUUGGUAUGGCAUUGUUGGUAUCGAUGAUCGCAUCGCUAAGUACUUACAUGGUUAUACUGAUCCAGUUCGAUAACGAAACAACCAAUAAAGUGAAUCCUUAAUGGACUUUCCCGUGUUGUCCUAUUCAAACCUCGAUUAUCACACGCAGUAUUUAUA